AUGCCUGGAGUCGACUUGAAACCCCUCGUCGCCGACGACACUCGAAUCCUCGGUCAGGAUCCCCUCAUCCCUCCUCAGCUCCUGACGUCCGAGGUGCCCCUCCCCGACGAUGCUCUGCAGACGGUGGUCAAGGGCCGCGUGGACGCGGCCGAGAUCGUAAUGGGCCACAACGACCGGCUCCUGGUGGUGGUGGGGCCUUGCUCGAUCCACGACCCGAGUGCGGCCAUCGAAUACGCCGAGAGGCUGGGCGAGCUGUCAGCCCGCCUAUCAGACGACCUGUGCAUCAUCAUGAGAGCGUACUUGGAGAAGCCGCGCACCACGGUCGGCUGGAAGGGCCUGAUCAACGAUCCGGACAUUGACGAGUCCUUCAAGAUCAACAAGGGCCUCCGCGUCUCGCGCAAGAUGUUCGUCGACCUCACCUCGGCCGGCAUGCCCAUCGCCAGCGAGAUGCUCGACACCAUCUCCCCUCAGUUCCUGGCCGACUGCAUCUCCGUCGGCGCCAUCGGCGCCCGCACCACCGAGUCCCAGCUUCACCGCGAGCUGGCCUCGGGCCUGUCCUUCCCCGUCGGUUUCAAAAACGGCACCGACGGCAGCUUGAGCGUCGCCAUCGAUGCCAUCGGGGCCGCCGCCUCAAAGCACCACUUCAUGGGCGUCACCAAGCAGGGCCUCGCCGCCAUCACCCGCACCAGCGGCAACGAGCACGGCUUCGUCAUCCUCCGUGGCGGAACAAAGGGUACCAACUUUGACAAGGAGAGCGUCCAGGCUGCUAAGAAGACUCUUAUUGCCAAGGGUCAGAAGCAGGCCAUCAUGAUUGACUGUUCUCACGGCAACUCGCAAAAGAACCACAGGAACCAGCCCAUCGUGGCCAAGGCUGUUGCUGACCAGCUCCGCGAGGGUGAGAGCUCCAUCAUCGGCGUCAUGAUCGAGUCCAACAUCAACGAGGGUGCGCAGAAGGUCCCCCCCGAGGGUCCCAAGGGCCUCAAGCACGGCAUCAGCAUCACCGACGCCUGCAUCGACUGGGACACCACCGUCACCGUUCUCGAGGAUCUCGCCUCUGCUAUCCGCACUCGUCGCGAGGUGAGGGGUACGACGGGCAUCGCUGGUGAGACCAAAGUUACACCCCUGGAGGAAGACUAA